AUGCUUCGUAAUUUUGGUCGAUUGGCGACAAAUGUCUGUCGUCAACCACGGUUCACGUUCGAAGCAGUUCGAGCCCUUGCAACAUCACCGCUUAAGAUGCCUUCUUUGUCGCCCACGAUGAGUGAAGGUACCAUUGUUAGAUGGCUUAAGAAGGAAGGCGAAGAGAUAAAUCCUGGCGAUGCUUUAUGUGAAAUUCAAACGGAUAAAGCAACCAUGACUCUCGAUACGGAAGACGAAGGAAUUCUAGCAAAGAUUCUGAUGCCGGAUAAUUCAACUGACGUGAAAGUCGGCAAAUUAAUUGCGCUUAUUGUUGAGAAAGGUGACGAUUGGAAAAGUGUCGAAGUACCAAAGACUGAAGAGAAAAGUGCAAGUCCAAAGGAAAAAGAACAAAAAUCUACAAGUCAAAAGAGUUCAGAACCUAAAAAAGAAGAAAAACCUAAGAGUGAUAAACAAUCUACCGAACAAUCUCAUCAUGCUAUUGGUCCAGCUGCACGUACACUUCUAGAACAAUAUGGUGUUGACACAUCAAAAGUACAAGGCACUGGACCACAUGGUGUUAUUAUGAAAAGUGACGUACAAAAGUAUAUUGAUAGUAAUCAACUCAAAAUUAAACCACGUAGUGAGGAGAAGAAAUCUACUAAAUCAACGAGUCAAGAGAAACAAGUAUCAGAAGCUGGAGGACGUCGAUAUCAUGACAUCGAAAUCUCUUCGAUUCGUCGUGCUAUUGCGAAACGUUUAACGUAUUCGAAAACCAAUAUACCUCAUCAAUAUUUAAGUGUAACAUCAAAUGUUGAUCAAGUACUUAAAUUACGUAAACAAAUGGUCAGUGAUCCAAAAGCAACGGUUAAAGUGUCUGUAAAUGAUUUCAUCAUUAAAGCGGUAGCAGCCGCACUUCGUCAAGUUCCGCAAAUGAAUGGCGUCUAUGAAGAUAAACAAGGUCUUAAACUCCAAUCAACUGUUGACAUCAGUGUUGCUGUUGCCACUGACAAUGGUCUUAUAACACCAAUUGUAUUCAAUGCUGAUCGUCUGUCGAUUCAAGAUAUCAAUGGACAAGUGCGUCAACUAGCAGGCAAAGCCAAAGAUGGCAAAUUGAAACCCAAUGAAUUUCAAGGUGGAACAUUCACAAUUUCAAACUUAGGCAUGUUUGGUAUCCGAUCAUUUUCUGCAGUCAUUAAUCCUCCACAGAUUGGUAUAUUAGCAAUUGGUCAAAAUCUUCUUCGAUGCAGUGGUGAUGAUCUAAAAUCAGAAAAUCAACUAGUUGUUACCUUAUCCUACGAUGCUCGUGCAUGUGAUCCUCAAUCAAGCGCAUUGUUUCUUCAAGCAUUUCGAUCAUAUAUGGAAAAUCCGAAUAUGCUAAUAGCAAACAACAAAUCAGAAUCAAUGCUUAAUUUUUAA